AUGGGCGUUGCAGCAGCAGGUCUUUGCCAUCACUAUUCAGUGGCUUUUCGUUUUUGCGGCGAGGAUGGUUUGUGGUCUGCUGGCAAAUGGACAAACUACAGUGAAUGUCAAAGACUCUUGGACAUACGAGAGCGCGAGGAGCCGCCCCUCUCCCCGGUGACUGUGAGCUACGUGAUCCUCGUGGGAUCUGUCCUGUCGCUCGUCUGUCUUCUCAUCACCCUCUUCAUCUUCGCCUACUUCAAAGCCCUUCAGUGUUCGAGGGUCCGCGUGCAUCGUAAUCUCGUCCUCAGUCUGAUCCUGCAUGCGCUGAUGAUGCUGGCCGUCGCACUGCCCGGGAUUUCGAGAGAGGUGGAACAACUGUACAGGAGCACGGACUGGCUGUGCAAAGCAGUGCUCGUGCUGAAGAUGUAUUCGUCGAUGGCCUGCAUCCAGUGGAUGUUCGUGGAAGGCCUCCUGCUCCACUCCUCGGUGGCCGUUUCCGUUUUCAGGAAGGAGGCCCCCUUCCGAGUCUACUACGGCCUUGGCUGGGGUCUCCCCCUCCUUUGCGUGGCGACGUGGGUGGCGCUGAUGUGCACGCACCACCAGGAGAAGAAAUGUUGGAAAGGCUACGGACACUCGCCGUACGUCUGGUUCAUCACUGGGCCCAUGAUACUGGCCCUUCUAGUCAAUGCAGUGUUCCUGGUGAACAUCAUACGUAUUUUAGUGACGAAACUUCGAAAUAGUCUCUCGGUUGAAACAAAACAAGUCAAGAAAGCAAUGAAGGCAACAGCCCUCCUGAUCCCUUUGCUGGGCAUCACUCAUCUCUUGUUCUGCAUCAACCCCAGAGAUGAAGCAGAAUUGGAACAUCUCUACAUGCUGGUCAACGCACUCAUGCAGGCAUCUCAGGGAUUAUUUGUGGCUGUUUUAUAUUGCUUCUUAAACUCUGAAGUUCAAUCCGUUCUAUCGUCUGCCUAUUCCAGACGGAUGUUGCGCAGGGGAGAUCCCAGACGACCCUCCUGUCGCAGCAGCAGCACCCGCGUCCUCUCGACAGCUUCGACCACCCUGCCGCUGACGGAAAAACGCACGGCCUUCCUCCUGGUCAAGACGAAGGCAGACGAAGACUCUAAGGAUGGGGAGACCACUUUCCUCUGACCGAAGGGCAAACUGGAGACUUUGCAAG